AUGUCAAAUCAAGUGUUUGAAGAGAAUUACGCACUUGCCAGUGAUAAUAAUGAGAGGACUACUUUGUUGGCAAGUCUGAUCGCUGGUAGCCCAGACUAUUAUUAUUAUAACAGUUUGCAUUUGCUCAAUGUCGACCCACAGCUAAAGGACAAGGCGAACAAGACAAAGUUCCAGCAAAUCUUGAAGGACUGGACGAACGACCACGGCGCCUACGACGACGGCCUGCACCAGCGCAUCAAGAACCGCGCGCAUCUGCUGGGCUUCUCCAGCGAGACGUCCGAAGAGGUGUUUGAGUCCAUCAAGCGUCAGCUGAACCUCACCUUUAGCUACUACCCCUCGUCGUCGGCCUCGUCUGCUGUCGCCGACUCGUCGGCCGCACCCCUCUAUCCAUCAAAGUUGGACGAGAAGCUGAUUGAUCGCGCCACAUUGAUCAAGCGCGCCAUCGCCGACUACCCCUAUCAGCUGAGAUUCCCACGCUCGGCCAUCCCCUACGUCGUCAACAACCACACCCUCUCGCCAGAGCAGCUCAAGCAGGCUCUGCAACAAUGUACAUAUCCAGUGUUUGACAAGACCGUCGAUCUCCUCGUCCAGGCUGGCUUCACAUACAACCAGACGUCACUGUUUGCCAAUCUCACUCUGGCCCAGAUGGACAAGUGGGCCUCGAGCAAGCCCGAGUUGGUCGACCAGCGCUUCGUCUCCACAUACCUCAACAAGCUGCAGCCGUCCAAGGACGACGUCGACUGGACCAGCGUUCCAGAGCACUACGAGGCUUACCUCAAGGCGGCCUACGCCUACGUCACCAAGCUGCCCGCCAGCCUCAACUCAUUCAAGCAUGCCGUCCUGUAUCAUUAUCUCACCUUCCAGGUGUCCCAGAACGUCUACGACAAUGACAAGUUCACCAAGUACUGCCAGUUGCCCAGAGACACCCACUACUACAACAACAAGCCAGGCGCCAAGAUUGUCGACCCCAUCAACUUCAACACUCAGAUCAGCGACGCCUUCACACCAGUAUCCGUGCCCGACGACGAGAAGCUGCUCAGAGCAUUCUUCACCAAGAUCUUCCAGACUGAGAACUCGUUCGACUCGUUCACAAAGUUCUUCACCGCCUCCUACCUCCAGCCAAUCUUUGCCGAGAUCAAGCUUCUGACCAACACUGGCGACAUGGAGAAGUGGUACCAGAUGGUCGACAGUCACACUCGCGUCCAGGAGCUGAAGGAUCGCGUCGACAUUGACUUCCUGCCCCAGAACCCCGAGUACUUCAGCCCAGACCAGGCUGUUGAGAUCAAGUGCGCCAUCAAGAAUGUGCAGCACCUGCUGGUCAAGGUGUUUGAGAUCAACACACUCAACUACUACAAGACCGAGCAACGCCAGAUCCAAUCAGACAUCAACCUCGACGGUCUCGUGGCCAACCAAGAGUUCACCUACAAGUACACCGAGGCACCCAUCCAAUCAGUCGUCCGCUCCUUCUCCUUCCCAUCACUCAAAGGAAAGCGCGGUAUCUUUGUCAUAGAGUUCAUUGGCAAUGGAAAGUCAAGCCGUGCUUUGAUCAGAAAGGGAGAGCUACACUAUAUCUCCGCAACUAGCCAGGAUGGCCAGGUCAUUAGAGUGAUCGAUGAGGACUCUGUCAAGAUUGUAAAGAGUUCUGUUUACGUCGAUGGCAACCUGUACAAGAGUGAGGAGAGUGGCGAUAUCAUCCUUCCAUUCUCUGUCAAUCAAUCAAACAAGCCAAUCAUCUUGGUCACUGAGGACUUUGCCACACUAAAGGACUUCACUCACAACUCUGAGAAGUACACACUUGUCGGAGGUAUCUUCCUUGAGAACUCAACCUUCCUCCAAGGCGAGCGUGCACCAAUCGUUGUCAGAGCCCGUCUCUACCUCAACAACACCCAGAUCUCCCUUACCAACCUCGAGGAGUCCACCCUCACAAUCACUACCACUGAUAACUCUGCCCAGUCCAUUGUCACUGCCAAAGAGGUCAAGCCAUUCGCCUUGAAUGACAAGGAGGAGUCGACUUACUCCUUCAAGGUGCCAGAGAAUGUGAGCAAUGUAACAGUGCGCUUCGACGCCAAGGUGCGCCAGCUGAAGGGCAAGGGCGACACCAUCGACGUGAGCUUCGAGAAGUCACUACCAAUCAACUCGAUCAACGAGUCGAGUGAUUUCGUCAACUGCUAUCUGCGCUACUCUGCCGAUGGCUUCAAGGUCUAUGCACUCGGCAAGGGUGGUGAGUGCUACGCCAACAAGCAACUGUCGCUUACUCUCAAGCACAGCAUGAUCAACGACGCCAUCUACGUCACAUUGCAAACUGACAAGGAUGGUAUCAUCCACCUUGGUAAACUAGUUGAUAUUGAUAACAUCACAAUCAACAGUGAGCAAUACUAUAGCUUUGAUAUCAACAGCAACAGAGCUAAGCACAACUACCCUGUAAUCAUCCAUGCUCGUGCUGGCGAGCAGAUCUCCAUUCCUUACAAUGGUCCAGAGAAGAGCAUCACCAGAUCAGCAUUCAAUCUCUUUGAGAUCAGGUACAACGUCACCAACGAUCACUUUGACAAGAUCCAGUUUGAUAAGGAGAAGCAAGACAUCAUCUUCAAGCUGCCACCAGGACAGUACUUGUUCUGCAUGAGCCAGCCAGAGAUGAACAUCACAAUCCAGGUUUGUGAUGGUGAUGUUAAGGAGGGAUUCAUUGUUGGCUCGUCCAGAAUCCUCAGCUACCACCCAUCCCUCAUUCACGGACUGAACAUCUCGGCCGUCGCUGACAAGAAGAACUUGGAGAUCACUCUGAGGAACCCAACCGCCACCACUAGAGUGCACGUCCUCUCUAGCUACUUUGUCCCACCACAGGAGCUCAACAAUAGCCUGAGCGUUGGCAACACGCCAGUGCUCUCACAGGAGUACACCAAGACCAAGUCGCUCUACUUUAGCGGCCGCUCACUGGGUGACGAGAUCACCUACGUGCUCAACCGCAAGUUGGCCAAGAACACCCUGCCAGGCAACUCACUCAAGAAGCCCUCGCUCUUGAUGCAGCCAUGGUCCAUUGCCAAGACCACUCAACAGAAGGAGACCCUCUCCAAGGGUGACGAAUAUGCCAAGAGGAGCGCCAAGUCCCACCAUGCCGCCAACGCCUGCCCAAUCUCGCGCAACCAACACUCUGUCAGCAACUACAGCUGCUUCUUGGAGUUCCUCAAGACUCCAACCGCCGUGUUGCUCAACCUUGUGCCCGAUGCUAAGGGAGUCGUCACUGUGCCCCUCUCAGCCCUCACCCCCUCCGGUCAGUUCGUCACUAUCACUGCCGUCGACAUUGACAAUGUUGUCACUCGCGAGAUUGUCUUGGAUCACACUGAGGCCACACUCAAGGACACCAAGUUGGUGCGUUCGCUCGACGCCCAGGCUCACUUCACUGAGAAGAAGUUGAUCACCACUGUCCCAGUCGGACAGGAGUUCACCAUCUCCAAUGCCGACUCGGCCAAGUUCACCACCUACGACACGUUGGCCAAGGUGUUGUCACUCAUCAAGACCAUCUCGCCAUCGUCCAACCUGCAGGACUUCUCGUUCGUUGCCGAGUGGGGCACACUCACCGCCGAGCAAAAGAAUGAGAAGUUGUCCAAGUUCUACUGUCACGAGCUGGCCUUCUUCAUCUACAAGAAGGACCGCACCUACUUUGACGCCGUGGUCAAGCCAUUCGUCGCAUCCAAGAUGCACAAGACCUUCUUUGACCACUACUUCACUGGCAACCACGACCGACUCGAGAAGUACAUCACCAGCGCCACCAAGUUUGAGGAGCUCAAUGUCCUCGAGCGUAUCCUGCUCGCUGAGGUGUUCCCCGAGCAGGCCCAGAACAUCCAGGCCUCGAUCGUGGACCGUGUCCAGUUCUCCCCAUUGAGCCCUGUGCGCUACGACACACUGUUCAAGAUUGCCUUGUCCCUGGACACUGACAAGGGCGCCUCUGACUCGGAGCCAAUGGAGCCAAUGGAGUUGGAGAUGGACGGCGAAGGUGGCGGCGGUGCCAUGGAUAUGGAUAUGAUGGUGGAUGAGCGCAGGCAAAGAGAAAGAGCUCCAGAGAUGAAGAUGAAGAAGAAUUUAGCUUUUGCUCCUUCCCCAGCCCCAGGCGGCUUUUCAUUCGCUGGUCCAAUGGGCGCUGCACCUCCACCCCCUGCCCAAGCAAUGGCAUCAAUGGCACCAAUGUCAAUGAUGAGAAUGGCUGCCGACACCCCAAUGGGAUAUGGCGAGCUCUCACAACAGGUUGUUGGAGGCGCUCAGCGCCACGCCAAGAAGAAGGUCAUCUACGAGGAGAUCGAGAAGACUGAGGAGUGGGCCGAGACCCACUACUACAAGAACCAGUUCCCACACUCGGACCUGGUUCCCUGCAACGAGUUCUGGAGAGACUACGUCCUUCACGUCGUUGCCGGUCUCAACAACAACAACGUCGCUCCAUUCUUGAGCAAGUACAUUGCUCUGACCUCCUCUUCAUUCACCAGUGCCAUGGCCACACUCGCCGUUCUCGACCUGCCAUUCGAGACCAAGGACAAGGAGCCAAGAAACAUCGAUGGUCGCGUCACCUACAAGCCCACAUCCAACAUCAUCGUGUUCCACGAGGAGUUGAUCAGCGCCAAUCUGGAGCGCGACACCAACGUGUUGAUCAGCCAGCACUUCUUCGACCCCAACAACCGCUACAGCUACGACAACAACGAGCAGAAUGAGAUUUACCUCCACGAGGAGUUCCUCUGCUCCAAGGUGUACGGCGCUCUGAUCGUUGUGGCCAACCUCUCCUCCAAGAGAAAGAAGUUGGACAUCCUCCUGCAGAUCCCCAAGGGAUCCGUGCCCAUUGGCCCACACCCCUUCUACACUCGUGGCGAGUCUGUUGAGCUGAGCCCAUACUCAACUCAUCGCAUUGAGUACCAGUUCUACUUCCCAUCUGCUGGCUCCUACCAGCACUUCCCCACCCACGUCAGCGAGAAGGACAAGAUCAUCGCCGCCGUCGUCCCAUUCACCUUCAAGGUCGUCACCACGCCAACCAUUGUCAACCAGCUCUCAUGGGAGUACAUCGCCAGCAAUGGCACUCAGCAGGCCAUCCUCGAGUUCCUCCAGCGCGAGAACCUCAACCGCGUGGAGCUCUACCACAUGUACCACAAGCUCACCGACCACGAGUUCUGGAAGAAGGUCAUCGAGAUCCUCAAGAGCAAGAAGGUGUUCGACAGCCAGGCCUGGUCUUUCGCCGUCUACCACAAGGACGCUCACUACUGCCAGGACUACUUGAGCAGUGUGUUUGGACAGUACGACGUUGGCAAGGUCAUUCAGAGCCAGUUGCUCACCUCAUCGCCAAUCGAACGCAACGACUUUAGCUACUUGGAGUACUACCCAUUGGUCAACUCGAGGACUCAUCAGCUCGGCAAGAGAAAGAUCCUCAACGACAAGCUCAGCGAGCAGUACAAGAAGUUCUGCGAGUUGAUGACCUACACCACCAACCCAUCGGACAGCGACUUGCUCUCACUCGUCUACUAUCUGCUCUCUCAAGACCGCUUCGACGAGGGCUUCAAGACCAUGAAGCGUGUUGGCGUGUCCGACGAGUCUCAGUCGAUCACCUCACCAGAUCUACCAAGCCAGCCAAUGCCUGCCCCAGCACCUGCUUCAACGACUUCCACCUCAUCAGGUGCUGAGGACACCAACGAGAAGAAGAGAAAGGCCGACAAGGAGGAGAAGCUCAAGGAGAAGGAGGACAAGAGAAAGGAGAAGGAGAGAGAGAAGUUGGAGAAGAAGAAGGAGAAGGAGGUCAAGAGAAAGGAGAAGGAGGAGAGAAAGAAGAAGGAGGAAGAGGACAAGAAGCUCAAGAAGUUGGCCAAGAAGUCAAAGACUGAGGACACUUCUGCCUCCCCUGUGACCUCUGGUAUUGGCGCCGCCCCACCCGCCCACGAUGAUGACACUGAGUGCAGCGACAUGUGCGUCGAUGUGUCUGACUUCAACGAGCCAUCCAACUUGCCCGAGCUCCAAGUGCAGUUCGACUACUUGAUCUCCUACAUGGACUUCUUCAACGCCAACCCAACCAAGGCCAAGGAGCUCUCUGAGAAGUACAAGAACUACCCAGUGCAACGCUGGAACGCCCUCUUCAAGGACAUCUACAACAAGAUCCAACAGGUCACCAACAGCGACACUGUCGAGGUCGAUGACAAUGAGAACGAUCGUGACAGACGCCACGCCAAGCUUCUGGCCACCGAGCCAUCGUUUGAUGUCAGCCUUGAGCCAAACAGAACGAUCGCCAUCAACUACACCAACCUCACCGAUGUCACCAUCAACUACUACAUUAUGGACAUUGAGUUGCUCUUCUCCAGCAAUCCAUUCGUCCAACAAGAGUUGGGACAGUUCCUCUACAUCUCACCCAACAAGAAGGAGUCCUUCCCACUUAAGGAGCUGUCAGGCACCCACAUUGUCAAGAUCCCUGAGGAGUUCAAGAACUCCAACAUCAUGGUCGACUGCCAGUCCCACGGCAUCCACCACAACCUCACCAUCUACUCCAACAACCUUGCCGUCCAAAUCACCGAGAAGGCUGGUCAGCUCCGUGUCAUUGAGAAGCAGACCAAGAAGCCAAUCUCCAAGGCCUACAUCAAGGUCUACGAGAAGAGCAACUCUGGCAACGUCCAAUUCUGGAAGGAUGGCUACUCUGACAUUGCCGGUUACUUUGACUACGCAAGUGUCUCAACUGGCAAUAUCAACGAUGUUUCCAAGCUCUCCAUCCUUGUUCUCCACAACCAGUUUGGUGCUCUCAUCAAGGAGGCCAAGCCACCUGCCAUGUAA